AUGGGCAGUCAGGUCUUUAAAACUAAAGUUAAUUCACAGAAGGUGGAAUUGUGUCGACAGAGUUCCUCAUUUAGGAUUGAUUAUGAGGAUCUCCUUGAAAAGAAUUCUAUUAGUAUUUGGAGGGCCUUGCCAAGCUUUCACUCUGAAAAUUGGGACAAUGAAGAUGAACAUGCAGGAUCUUCCCAGGACUCGCCAAUUAUUGCGUCCACAGGUGAGAAAAUUGUUACUGAGGAAGAACUAGUUGAAAUAUCUGAAAUUACGCCGAAUCUAUCUGGUUCAGUAUUGAGGUCAACCGUCAGAAAUCUGAUUGAAGACAUUGAAAAGCGGAUAGACCAAAAAGAAAUCUUCAUUGAAUUUUUGACUUUAGACAACACAGAGCUACAUGAUGAAUGCAUCUUGGGAAAUAAUCCAGAAAACAGAGACAAAAACCGAUAUCGAGAUAUUAUUCCAUAUGAUAGAACACGGGUUUCAAUUGGACAAACCCAGGAUUAUAUCAAUGCAAAUUAUAUCCGAAUAUCGAAUUCAGGAGAAGAAUACUUCUACAUUGCAACCCAAGCACCCCUACCAGGAACCAUGGAAGACUUUUGGCAAAUGGUUUGGGAAAAUAAGUCUAAUGUCAUUGCCAUGAUAACCAAAGAGAUGGAGGAUGGAAUCAUCAAAUGUCACCCUUAUUGGCCUAUUUCUCUGAAUAAGCCAUUAGAUCUUCAACACUUUAUUAUUGAAUUGGAGAAUUCCCAGAUUCUGGAGGCUUUUAUAAUUCGAAUGUUUAAAAUUGUUAACAAGACAGGAUCUGUUCACUUUGUGCAUCAGAUACAAUUUAUGAACUGGCCAGACCAUGGCAUCCCCACAUCCUAUGAAGCCUUUGUAAGUUAUGUCCGCUACAUGAAGAAGAUCCAUGAGACGGGACCCAUCAUCGCCCACUGCAGUGCAGGUAUAGGGAGAACUGGGGUCCUCCUGUGUAUGGAUGUUGUGCUUCACGCCCUUGAAAAAGACUUAGAGUUUGAUAUCAAGGCUAUCGUGACCCAAAUGAGAGAUCAACGUUGCGGUAUGAUUCAGACCAAGGAGCAGUAUCAAUUUUGUUAUGAAAUUGUGAUUCAUGUUCUACGAAAAAUCCAAACCUCUACACAUGGAUCCUUGGAAUAA